CGUUACCCCUCGCAACAGUAAUCAAGCGCCCGUUCUUCAGUCGACAAAACAAGGCGUAGGUACGGGACUAUACUGAAACUAAACUCGCUUCUUCGAUGUAGAGAAUUUAAAAAACACAACUUGUGAUAAUGCCUAAAAUAAGUUCGGACACAUUAUGGGAUGUUGCUGCAGCAGAAGUGCGCAGCAGGGAGAGCAGGACUGAUGAAGAGGAUGCUGAAGAGGACGCACACAUCCUCACACAGAGAACAGUCUUCUUCAUGGGCAGUAAAGCAGGGGGCAAAACAACAAUUUUACUGCGGUUUCUUGACAGAGAUGAGGCAGCUAAACCUACUCUUGCACUGGAGUACACUUUUGGUAGACGAGCAAGAGGGCAUAAUACGCCUAAAGACAUCGCUCAUCUGUGGGAAUUGGGAGGGGGAAUCUCCUUAUCGGACCUUGUUCAGAUUCCCAUCACAGCUGACAAUGUCAGUUCUUUAUCUGUAGUACUUGUUCUGGAUCUGUCUAAACCUAAUGCUCUGUGGGAGACCAUGGAAAAGCUGCUCGGAUCAGCUCGAAGUCAGGUGGAAAAAGUGUGUGCCGUACUCCAGAAGACAGGAGAAUCCAGAUCAGGCAAACAACGAGUCCCACGAAUCCUCCACAAGGACUAUCCGGACCGAGAGCUCAUCAGCCCUUUCCCUGUUCCUCUUCUCAUAAUAGGCAGCAAGUUUGACAUCUUUCAGGACUUUGAUUCAGAGAAAAGGAAGGCAAUUUGUAAGACUCUACGCUUCUUAGCCCACUUCUAUGGAGCGUCAUUAAUCUUCACCAGCAGCAAGUCAGAAGCCACAAUGUCUAAAAGCAGGAGUUUUGUUAAUCAGCUGGCAUUUGGGACUGAAAGACCAAAGUCAAUCUCUACAGAUCCCAGCAAACCUCUGGCUGUUCCAGCAGGAUCAGACUCCCUCAGUCAGAUCGGUCCCCCUGUUUCUUCUGAGGUUGAUAUUGGGACCCUACAUGCCAAAAACCCUUUAGACCUUUGGAAGAAAGUUUUUGAAAGGGUUUUCCCACCUGAGAACACCAAGGAACGCAAAGAGCUGAAAGAUCCUGCCAAAGACCCCCAGUACAGUGAGCCUCUAAUAGACUCUAUCAGAGCCCAGAAAGACCAGGAGCUGGAGCAGUACAAGAGAGAACAAGCAAAGUCCUGGAAAAGUUUGGCUCUGGAUCCAUAGAUUUCAUUCAAAAAACCUCAAGACCAGCAGGUUCAGCAUUAACUUACUGUACUGUACUGCAUGGUCUUAAAAAUAAUGUUUCCAUUAUGUACCAUAUAUUAUAGCUAUAAUGCUGUAUAUAAUGGCAAUUGCGUUGUCUAUUUCAACCUUUUGUAGUUCACAUUUCCAUAGUUCAAUAUAACUGGAAUGUAUUUUGAAAUACUACAUCCAUUUAUUUUUAUUUUCCCUAAAUUAUUUAAACUGGACACAACACACCACUCUGCUUCGGAAUUAAACAAAAACUUUUAUUUAA